UGAGGAUGUCUUUGAAUGAUGAGGGCUACGUGGUCCGGAUCAGAGGAUUGCCCUGGUCCUGCACACAGGAGGAGGUGGCCAGCUUCUUCUCUGACUGUGACAUCGUUGGCAAAGUGAACGGAGUGUGUUUCACCUACUCUAAAGAAGGCCGUCCCAGUGGAGAGGCGUUUAUUGAGCUCAAAACAUCUGAGGAUUUCAAGAAUGCCCUCUCCAAGGACCGAAAAUACAUGGGACACAGAUACAUAGAGGUGUUCAAGUCAAACCGUAGUGAAAUGGACUGGGUGCUGAAGCGUAGUGGUCCUGCUGAUUAUGACAGCUGCAGUGGUUGCAUGCUGAGACUUAGAGGCCUGCCCUUUGGCUGCAGCAAGGAGGAGAUUGUUCAGUUCUUCUCAGGGUUGAGAAUCGUGCCAAAUGGGAUUACUCUGCCCGUGGACUACCAGGGGAGGAGCACAGGGGAAGCCUUCGUGCAGUUUGCCUCAAAGGAGAUAGCAGAAAAGGCUCUGGGGAAACACAAGGAAAGAAUAGGGCACAGGUAUAUAGAGAUUUUUAAGAGCAGUCGUAAUGAGAUCAGAGCCUACUAUGAGCUGCCCCGUCGGGGGAUGGGAGGCCAGAGACCAGGACCCUAUGAUAGACCCAUGAUGGGGGGCCCACGUGGAGGGUUUUUUGGACCGGGGCUCGGCCGUGGUGGGACUCUGAUGAACACCAUGAGGAGCGGAGGAGGUUAUGGAGGAGGUUACAGUGGCUUUGACAGUUACAACGGUUUCGACAACUACUGUUUUGGCAACGGCAUGUUUGAUGAGCGAGUGAGAGGAGAGAGGGGUGGAAGAGGGAUGGGAGGCCAUGGUUAUAGUGGUCAAGCUGAUGGUGGCUCAGGCUUUCACAGCGGCCAUUUUGUUCAUAUGAGGGGUCUACCUUUCCGUGCCACAGAGGGAGACAUCGCUAAGUUCUUCUCUCCUAUGAAUCCACUGAGGGUUCACAUUGAUGUGGCUCCCAACGGGAAGUCGACUGGAGAGGCAGAUGUGGAGUUUCGCUCCCAUGAAGAUGCUGUGGCAGCCAUGUCCAAAGACAAGAACCACAUGCAGCAUCGCUACAUCGAGCUGUUUCUCAACUCGACCGCCAGCGGAGCAGCUGAAAUGAGUCGUGGCGGUGGUGGUUACUACAGUAACUCAGGAGGGGGUGGAGGCUCACGGAGCAGCGGGCUGCGAAGUGCUUACUGAUUAAGUCAUCCCUCUUCUGAUCCAUCCCAGGUUUUUGUCUCACAUCUCUUUAGACCACAUUUACUCAGCUAAAGUUUCUAAGCAGGAAUACUGAUACAAUCACUAGUUUAUUUCGUUCAAGCCGUUGUUAUUUCUGUAGGGUCGUAGUAUAACUUCACCUUCACUACAAACAGACCAAAUAUAACUUAAACAAGCACUUUAAUCUCACCGUUGCUGAAAGCAUAUGAAGAACAAAACAACAUAUAGUAGCUGUUGUUGGUGCUGAACAUGAUUGAAGCAUCGAUGUUUCUAAUAUUUUUUUUUAUUGGAAAUCCUAGUAUAGUUUUUUUUAUAAUAAUAAUAAUAACCAGUUUUUUAAUUGGAUUGAAAUUGGAAAAAAAUAUUAUUUCAUUGAGAUGCACUUUAAUUUAUCUUUUUACACAUCUCAGUUGUUGGUAAGAGAUGUAAAUCAGUGCUGACUCAGGAGCAUGGAGGAGACACAGAUAAACAGCUGUGGGAUUUUGUGGGCUAUAAAUAGGAUUGUGAAUAUCGGUGCACUGUUAGAACUGAGCAUGGUCAUUUGAUGACACUUUUAGGUGACUGAAACCACUUUUAAAACUGUUGAUUUCACUAAAAACGUCUUCUCAGCAGAAUAUUUAACUAUUGUCUCACUAGUUUCAACCUGAUUUCACAUCAGCUUUCCUGCUUUGAAAAGUUGUGAUAAAUGUGAGCUGUUGUUUUUUUAUGAAUGUUUUCACAGUUCAUUAAAGAAUUAAACUAAGUUGAAUAUUAUAUUCCGCUCUCAAAGAGUGGAAAUGAAAUAAAGGUUCUAUAUUUGAGCUGUAAGAUGCCUGUGCAGCUGUUGUACAUUUUGCCUAAUAAAUUUUAUA